AUGGAGGUUGAACUUUCUUCACUUCAGAAGGAGUACCCAGUUGAACAUCGAGAUCCUCCUGACAAUUCCCAACCUUCUCUAGUGGAGCAGGAGGACCCACCACAGCCCCCAGAGGCCAAUAACAAGGGUGAAACUCCUGCAACAUACCAGGAGGACCUAGCUGAGCAUCCAGAGCUCCUUGAGGAGGUUGAACAUUCACCCAUUGAGCUGGAUGACUCAACACAGCUCCCAGACUCCGUUAAGGAAGAUGAGCCUUCUCUAAACCAGCAGGAAGACCCACCUCUAUCUCCAGAGACCCCUGAGGAGGUUGAACCUUCUUCAGUCCUACAAGAGGGCCUAGCUCAAGCUCCAGAGUUCCCUACAGAGGUUGUAACUCAACCAGCAAGGCAUCAUGAAGUGACAGUUUCACCUCCAGGUCAAGGUGAAACUCAGCCUCCAACACUGGCCAAAGUCACAGUUAACUCUCUGUACCUGGAGCUUCCCAUAAAUACAGAAACCACUGCAGGGGUUCAACCUUCUCCAGACCAGCAGGAGGCCACAACUCAAUCUCUAGAGGACCUUGUUGAGGUUGAAACUUCUCCAAGCCAACUGGUGGCCCCAACUCAAACUCCGGAGCAUCCUACAGAAGAUUUACCUUCUCCAGACCAGCAAGAGGUCUCAUCACAGUCUCCAGAGUCCACUGAGGAGGUUGAACCAUCUCCAGCCCUGCAGGAGGCCCCAUCUCAGCCUCCAGAGUCCACUGAGGAGACUGAACCAUAUGCAGCCCUGCAGGAGGCCUCCACUCAGCCUCCAGAGUCUCCUACGGAGGUUGGACCUUCUCCAGUCCAGCAGGAAGACUCAACAGAGCCUGUAGAUGUCACUGAAGAGGUCCAACUUCCUUCAGGCCAGCAGGAAGCCCCAGCUCAAUCUUCUGAGCAACCUGAGGAAUUUGAACCUCCUUCAAACAUACAGGAGAACCCAGCUGAGACUUCACAGCCCCCUACAGAGCAAGAGACUCCACUUCCACCUCCAGAGCCUCCUACACAGGAGGAAACUUCCUCAAACCAGAAGCGGGUCCCAUUUCAGUCUCCGGAGCCCCCCAAGGAGAUUGAAUCUUCUCCAUUCCAGCAGAAAGCCCCAGUUCAGUCUCCCGAGCCCCCUAUGCCAGCAGAACUUUCUCCAUCCCAUCAGGAGGCCCUAGCUCUUACUCCAGAGCCCCCUAAGGAAGUAGAAUCCUCUCUGGUCCAGCAGGAGACUCCACCUCAGCCUCUACAGUCUACUGCACAGGUGGAAACUUCCCCAAACCAUCAUGAUAUCCCAUUUCAGACUCCAGAACCUCCCAAGGAGUUUGAAUCCUCUCCAGCCCAGCAGGAGGACCCAGCUCAGUCUCCCGAGCCCCCAACGCAGGCUGAACCUUCUCCAUCCCAGCAGGAGGUCGCAGCUCUUACACCAGAGCCCACUGAGGAGGUAGAAUCUUCUCUGGUCCAGCAGGAGACUCCUUCUCAGCCCCCAGAGUCUCCUACCCAGGUGGAAACUUCCCCAAACCAGGAAGAGGUUCCAUUUCAGAGUCCAGAGCCCCCUGAGAAGGUUGAACCUUCUCCAGCCCAGGAAGAGGCUCCAACUCAGUCUCCUGAGUCUCCUGUGCACGUAGGACCAUCUCCAAUCCAGCAAGAGUCCUCAUCUCAGCCCCCACAGCCCCCUCAGGAAGUCGAACCUUCUCCAGCCCAGCAGGGGAACCCAACUCAGUCUCUUGAGGCCCCUAUGCGGGUAGAACUUUCUCCAAUCCAGCAAGAGGCUCCAUCUCAACCUUCACAGCCCCCUGAGGAAGUCCAGUCUUCUCCAGUCCAGCAGGAGGCUUCUGCUCCACCUCAAGAACCUCCUACAAAUGUACAACCAUCUUCAGUGCAGCAGGAGGUCCCAGCUGCACCUGCAGAAGUAUCUAAGGACGUAGGGUCUUCUCCAGUCCAGAAGGAGGCCCCAGCUCUACCUCCAGAAAUCCAACCACUUUCAGUCCAGCAUACAGCCUCUUCCCGACCUCCAGAAUCCCCUAAAGAGGUUGAACCUUCUCCAAGCCAACUGGAAGCCCCAGCCUCACCUCCAGAGUGCCCUAAGGAAGUGGAGUCUCCUCCAACCCUGCAAGAGGUUCCACCUCAGGCAUCUGAGCCUUCUAAAGAGGCAGAACCUUCUCUAACUCAACAGGAGGCCCCAGUUCAUCCUUCGGAACCCCCUAAGGAGGUAGAACAUACUCCGGUCUGGCAGGGAGCUCCAGCACAGUCUUCAGAGCCUUCUAAGGUGGAGGACUCUUCGACAACCCAACAGGUGACCCCAGCUCAACCUCUGGAGCCUCCUAAGGAGGUUGCAGCUCAACUUCCAGUGCUUCAAGAGGUGACAGUUUCCCCAACAGGUCAAUAUCAUGCUCAGUAUUUAAACUUACCCAAGAUUACAGCUCAGUCUUUGGACCUGGAGCUUACCAUAACUCCAGAACACACUAUGGAAGUUGAACAUUCUACAGCCCCACAGAAGACUACAGCUUUUCCUCCAGACUGUUCUGAGGUGACCAUUCCACCUCCAGAGCAGUUUCAGGCUCAGCAUCCAAAUCUGACUGAAAGUACAGUUCAGCCUUUGGACCUGGAGCUUACCAUAACACCAGGACCCAGUAUACAGGUUGAACAAUCUACACCCCUGCAGAAGACUACAGCUUCUUCUCCAAAGUGUCCUGAGGUGACACUUCUACAUCCGGACCGGGUACAGGCUCAGAAGGCACACCUGACUGAAGUCACAGUUCAACCACUGGACCUGGAAGUUACUAUAACUCCAGAGCCCAAUAUGGAGGUUGAACCUUCUCCAAUUAAACAGGAGACGCCAACUCAGCCCCCAGAGCCUACUAAGGACGUUGUGGCUCAACUUCUAGUGAAUCACGAGGUGACAACUCCACCGUCAGGACAGGAUCAAGCUCAGCAUUCCAACUUGCCCGAGGUCACAGUUAAACCUGUAGACCUGGAGCUGGCCAUAACUCCAGAACCCACAACGGAGGUUGAAUAUUCUACAACCCUGCAGAAGACCACAGUUCCUCCUACAAAGCAAGUCACCAUUCAAACUUUGGACUUGGAGCUUUCCAUAUCACCAGAACCCAAUACUCCAACCAAGGAGGAGACUCCAACUCAGCCUCCAGAGCCUCCUAAGGGGGUUGUAGCUCAACAUCCAGCACAUCAUGAGGUGACAGUUUCACCUCCUGGUCAGGAUCAAGCUCAGCAUUCAAACUUGUCCAACAUCACAGUUCAACCUUUGGACCUAGAGCUUACCAUAUCUCCAGAACCCAUAGCGGAGGCUGAACCUUCUCCAACCAGGCAAGAGACCCCAACUCAGCUUCCAGCACCACCUGAAGAGGUUGUAGCUCAAUUUCCAGUGCAUCACGAGGUGACAGUUUCACCUACUGGUCAGGAUCAAGCUCAGCAUUCAAACUUACCCAACGUCACAGUUAAACCUGUGGACCUGGAGCUUACCAUAACCCCAGAACCCACUAUGGAGGCUGAAUAUUCUACAGUCCUGCAGAAUAACACAACUUCUUCUCCAGAGCAUCCCGAGGUGAAAUUACCACCUCCAGACCAGGUUCAGCCUCAGCAUCCAAACCUGACUGAAGCUACAUUUCAACCUUUGGACCUGGAACUUACAGUAACUCCUGAAUUCACUUCAAAGACUGAACAUUCUACAGCCCUGCAGGAGACCACACCUCCUCCAAAGCGAGUUACAGUUAAACCUUUGGAUCUAGAGCUUACUGUGUCCCCAGAACCCACUGUGGAGGUCACACAUUCUACAGCCCUGCAGAAGGCCACAUCUCCUCCAAAGCGAGUUACAGUUAAACCUUUGGACCUAGAGCUUGCAGUAAGUCAGCAACCAGGGUCAUCUGAGGCGUGGGAACAGAACGCCACCAACGGAAUGAGCAUAUGCGAGCUCUGUGUCUGCCAAGACGAAACGCUGUCCUGUACCGGCCUCCGCCCAGAGAAGAGGCUCCACAGAGUGCCUGUGCCAGAGCCCAACGAGUACAAUGGCACCUUCACGGUCUUAAAUUUCCAAGGAAACUCUAUUUCUUAUAUUGAGGAAAAUAUUUGGAAGGCAUACCGUUGGACUGAGAAACUAAUUCUCAGUGAAAAUUCUUUGACCGAAUUACGUAAGGAUUCAUUUGAAGGCCUGCUAUCCCUCCAGCAUUUAGAUUUAUCCUGCAAUAAAAUACAGUCUAUUGAAAGACGUACAUUUGAACCACUACCUUUUUUACUGUCUGUAAACCUUGGCUGCAAUUUAAUCACAGAACUUGGCUUUGGAACGUUUCAGGCCUGGCAUGGAAUGCAGUUUUUACAGACGUUACUUCUCAAUCGUAAUCCUCUGAUAACCGUCGAAGAUUCAUAUCUUUUUAAAUUGCCAGCAUUAAAGUAUUUAGACAUGGGAACAACACAAGUGUCACUUACAACAGUUGAGAACAUCCUCAUAAUGACACUCAAGUUGGAAAAACUGAUCUUACCUAGUCAUAUGGCAUGCUGCCUGUGCCAGUUUAAAAGUACCAUUGAAGUUGUCUGCAAGACAGUCAAGCUGCGUUGUGACAGUGAAUGUCUGAUAAACAGCACACGUUGCAGUGAAGAAGCAUCUCUGGGGGCUGCAGAAGGAACAUUUAUGAAGGCAUUACAAGCCCGGAAGAAGAACACCAGCACUGAGCUCACUAUUGAGCCAGAAGCUGCAUCCUCAGACAGAAGUAGUGUCAACUUGUCAACUGUCCUGAAUGAGCCUCUAGGUUUUAAUGAUGAAAGUGAUGUUAUUAGUGCACUAAAUUACGUAUUGCCUUAUUUCUCGGAGGGAAAUCUAGAACACAUAGAAAUGACAUUAUUACCAUUCAUUAAACUGCUUUUUUCCAAGGUACAAGAUAGAGAACAGGCCCUGAGUGAUUUACAGAACAACACAGGGAAUCCCCCUCUUAAGCCUGAAAACAACAAUGCAACUUACAGAAGUAAAUUGAGGAAGCUCUAUUUUCUGGAGAAUUUGUUAGAUGCAGAAAUUCAAGAAAAAAUUAAUGAGGUUAAACAGAAAGAAAAAACUGCCAUGCUUAUGCAUCCCAACUUUUUACAUGCCAAAUUUAAACGCCAAAUCCUUCAAAAGAAGUUAGAAACUGUUCAACCCCAGGAAAACCACCUGGCAAAGAUCCAGAGAACAGGUGUCAGGAAAAGGCUGCGAAGGGUAAACAGAGUCCUCAAGAGGCCAAGGGGCAUAAAGAAAAGGCACUUCAAAGAAAUGGAAGAUCUGAGCAUCAAGAGGAAACAAGGGGCCAAGCCAUUUAUGGAGAACACCCCCAAAACAAGAAGGCUUCUAAGGCCACUCUCAAAGAAGGUGGAAGGACUUCUCAAGGUGCGGAGGCAAAGGAAGUUAGGGGGAGUCUCCUUCAACACAGAGCCUUCAUCCAGCAAGGAACGUAAGGCAGCAGUCUCUUCUUCCCUGAAACAAUACUCCACGGGCAGGCCUUCUACCUCUCCUCCUUCAAAAGGCCCACCUGAAGUUAGAAUCCUUUCAAAAGACUUGUCCUACACCAUUUUUGUUUUAGAAGAUGCAAAUGCUAGAGUUAAAAAUAUGGAGGUUCCUAUAUCAGUAUCACAUUCCAGAAAAAAUUACAUCUACCAUAAAUCUCGCUCUCGAGUGGUUCACAGAAGACCAAAGGCCAAAACAAGUCGAAGGUUCAGAAAGGUCCGUAGACUGAUGCUUAGAAAUAGACCUCCUUCCUCUGCAGUGAGGAGCCUCAUAAAUUCCCCUCCACGAGAGGCAUUUUCAUCUUCACAAGAACUGAGUUCUCCAGAAAAUCCUUUUCAAGAAUUGUUUCUUUUUCCAGAGCCGUCUGCAAAAACUACUACUGUACACAAUGCUACUAUGCUAGGUGAGGCUACCCCUGAAAUCACUGCCUAUAAGGAUCCUUCCACUGCAGAUUCUGCUGUGACUGCAGACAACUUCAUGGCACCUGUUAAACAAACAAAUGAAACACAAUGGGAAUACCAGAACAUGGGCCCUGACUUACCCUCCAAGCCCCAUGGCUCCUCUCUCCCACUGCUCUCAUCCCCGGGUGAUCAAUUUGAAACUCAGCUAAACCAGCAGCUACGGCCCCUCAUCCCCAACAAGGAUGUGAGAAGGCUCAUUGCUCAUGUUAUGCGGACACUGAAACUGGACUGCUCAGAGCCCCAGGUACAACUGGCCUGUGCCAAGCUCCUCUCCAGAACAGGCCUCCUAAUGAAGCUUCUCAGUGAGCAGCAAGAAGUUAAGGUGUCCAAGGCAGACUGGGAUACAGACCAAUGGAAAACGGAGAACUACAUCAACGAGAGCACCGAAGUCCACAGUGAGCAAAAAGAGCAAGAGUCAAGUGAGCUCACAAAAGAAGUUCCAGGAUAUGGAUAUAACCACAAACUCAUCUUGGCGAUAUCUGUGACUGUGGUAGUGAUGAUUUUGAUUAUAAUUUUCUGCCUCAUUGAGAUUUAUGCUCAUCGAGCAACAUCAGAGGAAGACAAAGAAGGAUCCUCACGGUAAAUAUUAGCCCAGCAAUUUUGUUUCAGUGUUUAUUGUGGUUCAAAUAGCUAUAACAAAACAUUCAUAGACUGACAAUUUUUAAAAGAGAAUUUUAGAACUAGGAGAGAACGCAGAGGUCCUCUAUUUCACUCCCCUCAGUGUUCAGUGAGGAAACUAC